UGCUGGAACUGUGACUAAUCCCCAUGCCACUUGAGAAUUCGAAUGUGUUGCGUGGGACCUGACGCCAUGCUCUUUGACGAGGUGUGAAGACCACUAUUUUCUUAUCAUCCAUCCCCUAAGAAAAAGACGAGAGAGAGACUGUAACUGCUAAAUUAUAAGACUAGGUGGGAACAUUUUACUGCUUUAUUAUUGAUUCUUGCUGUAGACGAGGGAUGUGUUGUACCUCUCUACAUAUAGUAGAACAAAGGGAAUUCCAGAGGCAGCCCAUGCUAUAUUAUUACUACUACUACUGUUCUUUUCUCAUACUUUUGUGUGCAAUUGGAUUUGAAUUUUUGGUUAAAAGAGUGUGAAUUUUAGUAUGGAAAGAUCGAGAGUGAUGAAAACUAUUGCCGCGGGAAGCAUAGCUCCACAGCCAAUUUUUGACAUCAUUGAACCCACUAAUCCUUACAUUUCUUAUCCACAAAAAUCAACUGUUAGAGAUGCAUCCUUUUCUUCUUAUCUCAGACCGACGCCAGAACAGAUUAAUCGAGUUGAUGAUUCUGAGAUAUGCAUUUUUGAUGCGCAGAGUUAUUACUUCAACGAAGGUGGCAGCUGUGAUCCCAAAUUGAACAAGAGAGUUUCUCCAGUUAAUGCUAAUCUUGAACGCAUAUCCGAGCGAUAUGAUUUCUCUUCGGUUCCUAGAUUCUCUUCUGCUUCAUCUUCUGUUGUGGAUGGAUAUGGUAGGAAUUAUAGAGCUCGCUCUUUCCACGCAACGCCAACAGCUUCAUCUGAAGCUAGUUGGAAUAGCCAGACUGGCUUAUUGUCGAAUCCACCUGGUGCUAUCGCUGUCUCGCUGCGAAAUCCACCUCGAAACGAUGACAAGAAAAAGGGGCGCGGCACAAAAUGGCUUCUUGGGAGAAAAUGUCCAUGUUCAGGUAAGAAAUCUGUUCAAAUUGAGGAAAAGCUAUCAGAAGCAAGAACCCCAUCGCGGAUAAGCCACACUAGAGUCUCUUCGGAUCUCAAAAAGAAGAUUCAGAAUCAAAUUCCUACCACUGUAGAAAAUCCUCUUGAAAAAAGUUUGGGUGCACCGGACUGGCUCGAAAGGCGUGAAGUAAUUCCUAGCACUCAUAGAAUCUCAUUAGACAACAAGCUCGAAAGACGUGAAGUGAUUCCUAAUUCUCAUCGAAUCUCAGCAGACAAUAACCGAUUCCCUUCAAGCUUAAGCCACCAACUUGUAGUGGCCUCAGCAAGACCAUUCAGUACUGAUACUACUGCUGGGUUCAGUUUUCCUGUACAGAGCCAAACCCCACCUCCUACAAAACUGGUGUUGCCAUCAGCUACUUAUAACCCUCCUCUUGAGGAUCCACCUCGCCAUUCGUUGGAAGUUUUUCGGCCAGCUGAUGAUCCUAUUCCAACCAAGUCAAUUUCUGAUCUUCACCGACGUCAAAGCUUCACAGUCAUAGACGAUGACAUGGCAAGUGAUGCAAGUUCAGACCUGUUUGAGAUCGAGAGCUUCUCAACUCAAACAACAUCAUAUGCAAUGUGUCCUAAUCUUCGUGAUUCUCUUGAUGAUGCUUCAAGCUUUAACGCAAGGCGAUUAGCUGCAACCAAUGGAGGGAGUUUGUAUUGUAGACGAAGUCUUGAUGAUCCUAGAACACCAUCAGUUGCAGCAACAGAAUGUUAUGAGCCAAGCGAGGCUAGCAUAGACUGGAGUGUGACAACAGCAGAAGGCUUUGAUAGAGGAAGUGUUACAAACUUCUCAGUUAGUGCAUCAGAAGUUGAUGAAAUGACAAUGAUGCGCGGCGGCGGCGGCGGCGGAGCAGGGAAGAAGAGAGGAGGGAAUGGAGGGUUGUUGAUGAGCUGUAGGUGUGAGAAGGCGGUAAGUGUGGGGCCACAUCCGGUAAAAUGUGUGGCCACAGAGGGACAAAGAGUAGUGAGUUCCACACAGAGGCAUGUGGGAAGUAGGGCAGCUAUUAAGAACAAACCACCACUAGCUAGCUAGGUCUCACUCUGUUCGCUUGCCAUGACCUUUUGCAGUAUAGGAAGCAAGCUGUGAUGGUACGUAAACAACUUGCUUCCCAUGUUCAGUUCCUCUAAGCAGAGACUCUUUUCUUCCUUUUCAUUGAAUGUUGAUCAAGCGACUUAAUACUUUUGUUUGAGUGAAUAAAUGAACAAUUACAGUGCAUUUGAAGUUCUAA